AUGACGAAGGAUAGAUUGGCGGCUUUGAUAGCUGCCCAGGGCGAUGAUGAUGAUGAGGCUGAGCCGUUUGCCGUGGAAAUCCCGGAAGGAUACAUGAGCGAGUUCUUCCAGGAGGUUGAAGAGGUGCGAGAGCAGGUGGAAGGGAUACAGGAAAAAGUUGAUCGCAUCAAGAAGAUUCACUCCGAUCUCCUUACUUCGCCUUUCGAAGCAGAAAAGAAACGUGCUGAACGGGAGGACAUUAUGCAGGAAAUCAAGCGCACCUGCAACAAGAUUCGAAUGAAGUUGAAAGCCAUAGAGCGGAAGAUUGAAGAUGACGAGCGGGUGGACAACGGCUCUGCGGAUUUGCGGAUCAAAAAAUCUCAGCAUUCCAUGUUGUUCCGUAAGUUCGUGGACGUCAUGAAUGACUACAACGCGGCUCUCAAUGAUUACUCUGACCGGGCGAAGAAGCGGUUGAAGGACCAAUUGAAUGACACUGGGAAGGAGGUGACGGAUGAAGAAGUGGAUAAGCUCAUACACAACGGUACCACGUCUGGUUAUAACAGUGAUAUCAUCGUGGAUGCGAAGAUAAACAAAGAGAUGCUGCAGGAGAUCGAAUCGCGUCAUGAGGAUCUGAUGAGGCUCGAGACCUCCAUCCGAGAACUUCACGACAUGUUCAUGGACAUGGCGAUGCUCAUUGAGAAUCAGGGAGAGAUGAUCGAUCGAAUCGAAUACCAUGUGGAACAUGCGAAGGAUUAUGUUGCGCGUGCCACAGAGGAUAUGCGUAAAGCCAAAGCCUACCAGGAUAAAGCCCGCAAAAAAAAGCUGAUGAUGCUGGCAUGCGGCGUUGUGGUCGGUUCCGUCUUGAUAUUCUCCUUGCUGGGAACCUUCGGGUUAUAGCUCAGAUUGAUCUUCGUGGCAUGCUGCCUGGGGUCCGUAGGUAGACCUGUGGAUGCGCUUACUCCGUGCUGCAGAUGCUGUAAUAUUCACGCCGCUGUUUUCCUCCUCUCCGUUGUUAAGCCUAUGUUAUUGCGUGCUCACUGUCUGUUGCAAUGAUGAAGCUGACGUUGUUGUCCAUCAGUGAUUAUGUGUUUUCAGCGUUCCUCGUUUUCAUGACGGGUGUAUUGUCUCGACAGUGCUGUAGGGAGCACCGCACUUGUGUUCUCUGUUUUGACUUAGAGCCGUCCGGGAGACGUGAAUCCACACGAAGUCCAGGGGGAGUAAUGGGAAAGUUUCUUGUGUUGGUUGAAUCGAGGAGUCAAGGGUAAAGUGGAUCUGGUUACUGUUUCUGUGAUGAUUGCCUUUGUUCGUGUCUAAUUCAUUUUGUGUUCAUUCGUCGGUGCAUUCAGCGAGCAGAAGCAGAGCUUUAUAUCUUGUUUGCUUUUCCCAAAAAUGCAAUAAUCCCUGAUGUGGGAGAUUGGGUGUUCCUCAACUGUUGCACCCUACAAAAGAUUUGCUGAUAUCAGACUGGUGUUAUCUGAUGAACUUCCUCAGAUUCUGCAUUGUGAUGUGGAUCUCUUUGAACAGAAACGCACAAAAAUCAAUGCCAGGUGUUCAAAUAUAUUUAAAGUCAAUCCUGAUUGAGAAAAUGCGUCCGUUCUCAGGGUGAUUUUAUCCCUCAUUUUGUGCCAUUAAUCUACUCGUGUCAGAUCUUUUUGUUGCGUGGUCAAUGAUGGCGUGUUAUUAAGUGGAAGUGCAUGCAUCUGCAUGGUGCCAUUGCGAAUUGAAGUAUGGGCUGUCUCAUCAGCGCUGGUUUAAAUCAUCUUGCAUCAUGCAAAUAUCAAAAUUCAUGUUACCAAAUUUUCUCAUUACUGUAUUUGAUCUUCAAUCACUUCGGUGGGUUAUCGAGUUGAAUCAUCCAUUUUUCAACUUUGAAAAGGCAUGAUGUAUGAUUUCGGGGAUGAGAUUUUACCGAAAAGGAGAGAAUGGUUUUGUUAAUAUGCGCCAAUUUUUGGGUGGAUGAUCUGCAAAGAGGAGAGACUGAGUCGUAUGAGCGAGUUUUUCCUCAUUCCUUCCACGCAGUCAAUGAUGAAUCAAGCAAUUGAUGAGUGAAGUUGAAAUGCACCUGAUCACGUCAUGGACAUAUA